UGUAUCGAGAAAUGGCCGGACGACGAGCAGCUGCGUGCGAGCCGCUCGGAAAGAUCGAGUGCGUUAAGUGCUUACGUUAUAACGAGAACAUCUUUCGUUAGUAAUACAAGGGAAUACAAAGGGGAAUGCAAUUAAAACACGGUUGGACGGUAAUCAGCGUGGAAAGAACCGGCUGGUAGGCAGAGUGAGAGACGAUGUGCGGCUCGCCGCGGCUCUGCGCGUUAACGUGAAGAGCGCUGCGAAAGCGCGUCGACAGUCAUCGGCGAGCUUUCGGCCCUGACAGUCGCGCAUUGUGCCCGGAGCGACGGAACCGCAACUUGGAGCCCGCUCACCCACACAACGGACUAACGUACAUCGCAUUAGGCUUACGCAGCGUUAAAUUAUGCAAGAGUGACGAUCAUCGUAACAACGAACAUUUGCGCAGGAUUGAAGUGUAGUGUAAUGGAUAUGUACUCAGACGUACUUAUGCCAAAUGACAUUUAAAGUGACGAUUUUUGCAUAAACUCGAUUACCAACAAAUUAACGUUCCGCAUCUGUGUCGCAUUUUUCAUUCGUAAUGACCACUCCGACACACUGUUCCCCUUCGCGAUCGUCUCUAAGCUGCUGCCAGUUCGAUCGUAGCAGUCAAGAUGACGUACGAGACUCGGCGAUUAUGGACAGCAACAAUUACUUCCUACAGGAGAAGCACUCUUUCCCGAAAAGACCGGAGAUCGACUUGUCCUUCCGCGAUAUACGUUAUCGCAUUAAGGAAUGGGACUUCUACAAGUUCAGAAUCAACAAGAAAGAAAUUUUGCACGGUGUUAGUGGCGACUUUAAAGCCGGAGAAUUAGUGGCUAUAAUGGGACCUUCCGGAGCCGGAAAGUCGACAUUACUGAACGUUCUUGCCGGUUUCACGGUGAAAGGUACAAGCGGAGAAAUCCUUGUCAACGGAAAAACUCGGUUACCUUACAGUGAACGAUGGAAAAGAAGUUCGUGCUAUAUACAGCAGGACUCCAUCUUAAGAACGAAAAUCACCGUGGGAGAAGCUAUGACUGUAGCUGCUCAUUUGAAGCUCGGUUGUUCAAUAAGCUCCGCUUAUAAGCACUCGCAGGUUUUGGAACUACUGGAAAUGCUAGGACUGACCCAUUGUUACGAUACUUUAUGCGGGAAAUUGUCGGGAGGUCAGAAGAAGCGACUCGACAUUGCCUUCGAACUCCUAACCAAUCCUUCAGUAUUAUUUCUUGACGAGCCAACAACCGGCUUGGAUUCCUCCUCGUGCAGUCAAUGCGUCGCGCUUAUGAAACGAUUAGCCGAAGUAGAAAAACGUACGGUAAUUUGUACGAUUCAUCAGCCAAGCGCUUUGCUCCUCGAGAUGUUCGACUCUCUAUACGUAGUGGCUGAUGGUUACUGUAUAUACAAAGGUCCAAUCAAUUCCUUGUUGCCGCACAUGGCCUCCGUCGGCGCCAACUGCCCGUCUUAUCAUAAUCCGGCAGAUUUUGUUCUCGAGGUGGCAAUCGGCGAAUACGGUAUUUCCCUCGACACUCUGGUGUCGGCGGCAGAGAAGUUGCAAGAUAAUCAGAAAUCAAUUGCGUUUACCACAGUGCUGCCUGAAACAACAAGAGAUGAGAAAGACCCAUUAAUACCUGCCGGCUUCCUGGCGCAGUGUUACCUUCUGUACAAAAGGCAACUGUUAUGCUUGAAAAGAGAUUAUACAUUGUUGUUAGCUCGAUUGCUCUGUCAUCUGAUAAUUGGCCUAAUUUUUGGUUAUCUAUAUUUGGGAAGCGGUUAUCGAGCUAAUGUCUUAGCGAAUUACGUCUAUCUAUAUGGAUCACUGCUACUUCUUGUCUACACCGGGAAAAUGGCGGUUACUCUUGCCUUUCCAUUGGAGAUACAGAUUCUCACAAGGGAGCAUUUUAAUCGUUGGUACCGAUUAACACCGUAUUACAUUAGUAUAUUACUCGUUGAAAUACCUUUCCAAGCGGCAUGUGCGACAACGUACUUGACUGUGAGUUACUGGUUAACUGGCCAACCCAUGGAGACACAUCGUAUAAUUUCGUUCAUGGGAGUCAGUAUAGCUGCUAGCUUAACGGCACAGGCAUGUGGUUUCUUUCUUGGUGCUACUACACCGGUUAAGAUCGCAGUAUUUGCUGGUCCCAUAAUUUUGGUAGUUUUAUCCAUCUUCGGUUUCUGCACCCGUUACAUCGAUCUACCAGUUUAUUUCCGCUGGAUGUUCCAUAUAUCGUAUUUCCGAGCAGGUUUCCACAACCUAGUAUACACCAUGUAUGGAUUCGAUAGGACGGAAUUGAAAUGCGAUGAUUUCUAUUGUCACUUUAAAAAACCCAUUAAGUUCCUCACAGAGAUGGAUAUCAUCAACGUAAACGUAGUGAACAAUCUAGUGCUGAUCAUUGGCAUCGGAGUAUUAAUGCAUCUCUUAACCGCUAGUGCAUUGUGGUGCAAACUUAACAGAAGAUAAGCUAAACUACUCUAUCUUGUCAACACAGUAUUUUAAAGAUAUUUGUGGAGUUCCUCCGCAGAAUAAGCUGUCGCAAAUUUUUUUACACGCUCUUGAAUGUGAAACACAGAAAUCACAUUGUUUGUUGUAAAGUUUGUCGACAGCUUGUUAACAAAAAUACAACAGGAUCUGCUGAUAGAGUAUGAUGACAAAUUGAGGGCAGAAACAGACUAUGAUCUGAAGUUUCAUUAUUAUUAUUUGAAUGUCUUUAAAUGGAGCAUAUCGCAAAUCUAACUCGAUUUGCUGCCGAUCUGCCGUCAAGUUAUGUCAGCAGAUUCGAUCGACAGAACACGAGUUUAAUGCGGAGUCAGAUGGCUAUGGAAUCUGCACAGUUCUACACAAUUUAAUCUGCACGGUAUCUUGAUCAAGUCUGCUGCCAAUUUGCCGGCAUACUGCUAACAUUUUGCUUACCGGAUUCCAGUGAAGAUUUCCAGUGGAAAUUGGAAACAGAAUGUAAAUAGAAAAGUUACUGCGGCAUUGUCAUAUUUUGCUUAAGUUCCUGCUUAAGCUUCUCUUCAUCGUCUCAUUUUGCUAAUUGAAAUGAAUCUUUCAAAUCUUUCCAUUUUAGGGAUAUUCUCUAUCAAUGUAAAAUUUGGUAAAGAUUGGCAGGUUACAUUGCUGAAUCGUGUCUUUAAUAAUUACUUCGACGAAAAUUGUUAACUUUGCAGAUCUUAAACCUUAACAUUAGGAAUACCGACGAUUAACGACUUAUUUCUACUAGAGCAGUCAAAAUGACAAGUUUUGGAAUAAAUAUAUAAUGCAAGGGAAAAAAUGUUUAUUUAUUUAUUUUUUUUAGUUUUAUUCAACAUCAAUUAAACGAUAUAAAAUGGUAUAAACGAUAUAAGACGAUAUAAAAUACACUAUUAUAAGUUUGACUGAACUUUUAUAAAAAAUUACAAUCCAGUCAAGUUUAACUGCUUUGGUAGUUUUAACAUUAAACUUUAGCGAGAUUUUCGUAACGUUAUUAUUAUCCGUACAAUGUGUCUGCUCGCAUUAUUAUAUAGAAUACGAAAAAGUGCAAUUAUAGAAAUAUUUCAUUUAUUUUAACAUUCUUGUACAUUAAUAUUAUAUCUUAUAUAUCUGAUAACACUUUUGUGCAUUAAUAUUGAAUUUUACGAGGGUUUCACACAUAGAGUCGACAUCUGCGCUAACGAACUAAAGGAUGAAUUAAAAGAUGAAUUAUAUUCUAUUUAGUAAAAUAAGAUGGGACUAGUCGGAAAUUAUUGUCACAAAAACCGUUAUAAUCGUUAGUAACCUUUGAAAUGAAUCAUUUUGAUAAUGAUGCGUGCACGGAAGUUAUAGAUGUAUGUAUGAGGAUUAAAGCGAUAAGAUCCUUAUAAAGCUGAGUGUCU